GUUAAUCAAACGUAUGUAAACAUAAUAUAAACAUUGAAUGAUAGAAACUAUCAACACGUGUGUGUAUGUGUAAGAUAAAUAUUGAGAAUAUUAUUUAUUUAUUAAUGAUUAAAUAUCAUUUUUUAAAUUAAUUUAUACAAAAACAAACAUAAAAAAAAUGAAGAAAAUAACUUUCGGAAAGAUAACUCUCGCCAAAAGCUCCGUAGCUGAGGAUCCUCCAGAACUAUCAUCAUCAUCAGGUUUCGGAAGCUUCGGCAAACAUGAAUCUAAAAUAACAGAAAUGAAAGAAAUCCGCCCGGAAGACGAUGCAGAAAAUGAAGAGCUGCAGAAAGUAAUGGGCAUGAGCGGGUUUGGAAAGAAAGCUAAAACCUUCGACGUCCAAGAAAUGAUGGAGAACAUAACCAAGACACUAUCAAAGGCUCCUAAACCCGUUGAAAAGCCUUUAGAAUUUUCAGACGACGAGGAAGUAAUCGGACCUUUGCCCCCUCCAGAGCCUGCUAAGCCGUCCAGAUCUACCAAAAAUUCUUCAGCCAAGGAUUCUUCAGACUCUGAAGACUACAGCUCAGACUCAGAGGACGAGGGAUCACUCGCUGACAAAAUCCCUUGCAGCCACGAAGUUUCCAUGACCCACGGAGUAAAAGCUAUCACCGCAAUAGCAGCAGAUCCAUCUGGAGCCCGGCUGGCGUCCGGGUCAGUGGACUACGACGUAAGUUUCUGGGACUUCUCGGGCAUGGACUCGUCACUUCGGAGCUUCCGAACCCUCCAGCCUUUUGAGAAUCACCCAAUCAAGUGUCUUCAGUACUCGAUGACCGGAGAUGUAAUCCUAGUUGUCUCUGGAGCCGCUCAAGCGAAGGUUCUUGACCGCGACGGGUUUGAAAAAUGCGAAACUGUGAAGGGGGACCAGUAUAUAACAGACAUGGCGCGAACUAAAGGUCAUACAGCAGGUCUAAAUUGCGGAGCUUGGCACCCGACCACGAAAGAAGAAUACCUGACCUGUUCCGAGGAUGGAACUUGUAGAAUCUGGAUCCUCUAUCGUUCCCGCGACCACAAAGAUUUGAUAAAAUGUCGAGCCUCCAAUGGGGUAAAAACAAUUCCCACAACUUGUAGUUAUAGUCGAGAUGGCAGCGUCGUCGCUAGCGGGUGCAUUGAUGGUUCCAUCCAGAUGUGGGACUGCAGAAAAACUUUCAUCAAACCAUCGCUACUUUUGCGCAAUGCUCAUCAAAGUGGCUCAGAAAUAUCCAGUCUGAGUUUCUCUUACAUCGGAAAUCACCUUGCAACGCGCUCUUGCGAUGAUUCGCUUAAGCUGUGGGACCUGAGGGCGUUCAAGGAACCGAUCUUCCAAGCAAAGAACUUGUUCUCAAGGUACGACACCACGGACUGCAUGUUCAGCCCCGACGACUCGAUGGUCAUCACUGGGGAGUCUCUAGCUAAAGGCCAGACUCACGGUAGGGUCUUGUUUUACGAUGCCAAGACCUUUGAUUUGGUUAAUGAGAUCAAGGUCACUGAUUCUCAUGUGAUUAAGACACUCUGGCACCCCAAGUUGAACCAAAUCUUCGUUGGCUGCGGGAACGGGAUCGUUAAGACUUACUACGACGCCAAGAAGAGCAUGAGGGGUGCGAAGCUAUGUGUGGUAAAGACUAAGCACAAGAAGAACCACAUUGAGAUGAUGUCCACCCAGCAGAUCAUUACUCCUCAUGCUCUCCCGCUUUUCAGGCAAGAUAGGCCCAAGUCUGUGAGGAAGCAGAUGGAGAAAGACAGGAUGGACCCUGUCAAGUCCAGGAGACCUGAUCUGCCGAUCACUUCUGGGCAAGGUGGAAGGGUUGCUUCUUCCGGAGCUACUUUGAGCUCUCAUGUUAUAAGGAGCAUUGGGCUGAGGAAGAAGGUUGAAGAUGAUCAAGAUCCCCGGGAAGCUAUUUUGAAGUAUGCGAAGGAAGCUGAGGAAAAUCCGUAUUGGAUUGCGCCAGCUUAUAAAAAGACUCAGCCGGUCACUAUAUUUGCUGAGACAGAUACAGAUGAACCUCCGUCAAAGAAAAAUAAAACUUAAGGGAAGGUGUAGCAAGUUUUUUAAUUAAUAUAGAAAUUCUAGCAAUAUGAUUGUGGUUUUUGGAAGUAAAAUUAAUAAGUUUGUUUUUUAAAAAAUUUUAAUAUAAUUUUAUGACACUGAAAU